GCCCAAGUCAGUCUUCUUGAUAUACCCAUUAACAAGCUGCUUCUUGUAGGGAUCUCGAGCGCAAAUCAGCCCUCGAGUCUCUGAAGUCCUGAUUUCUUCACCACGGUCUCCCUUACCUGCUUCAUAUCCCCUUUCGCUUCUCCACUGCGCAUUUCAAUCCUUGCAGCCGGUUCUGCACUUGAGCCUAGCUCGCAACCCAUUCUCCGCAAGACAACCUCUCUCCCUGUAAUCCAGGUCUUACAAAUACGCAAUUACGCCAAGAAGAGAAUGCCUCCCAAAAAGAUUGUGGAAGAAAAGAAGAUCCUGCUAGGCAGGCCCGGGAACAACUUGAAGAGCGGCAUCGUUGGCCUUGCUAAUGUCGGCAAAUCGACACUUUUCCAAGCCAUCACAAAAUGCUCACUAGGCAACCCCGCCAAUUUCCCUUAUGCGACUAUUGAGCCUGAAGAGGCCCGAGUUAUUGUCCCCGAUGCACGAUACGAGUGGCUGUGCGAACACUACAAACCCAAAUCUCAGGUCCCUGCUAACCUGACGGUGUACGAUAUCGCUGGUCUCACUCGAGGAUCUUCGACCGGCGCCGGUCUGGGCAACUCUUUCCUGUCGCACAUCCGAGCUGUUGAUGCCAUCUUCCAAGUCGUACGAUGUUUCGACGAUGCAGAGAUCAUUCACGUGGAGGGCGACGUCAAUCCCACGAGAGAUUUGGAUAUCAUCUCUGAGGAGCUGCGGCUAAAGGAUAUCGAGUUUGUGGAGAAGGCCAAGGAAAACCUCUCCAAACAGACAAGGAGAGGUGGUCAAAGUCUCGAAAUGAAGAAGUUGAAAGAAGAGGAAGCCACAGUUGACAAAAUCCUGCAGUGGCUGAAAGACGGCAAGGAUGUGAGGAAGGGCGAUUGGGGCCCUAAGGAGAUCGAAGUUAUAAACCCUCUAUUUCUUCUCACAGCCAAGCCGGUGGUCUAUCUCAUCAACCUCUCCGAAAAAGACUACCUCCGUCAAAAGAACAAGCACCUUCCUAAAGUGAUGGAAUGGAUCAAAACCAACUCUUCAGGCGACCCUGUCAUACCCAUUUCCGUCUCGUUCGAAGAACGUCUGGCUGUCAUGUCCGACGCCGAAGCUGCCGAAGAAUGCAAAAAUCUCAACACCAAAUCUGCCCUGCCAAAAGUUAUCGUGACGAUGAGACAAGCACUCAAUCUCGCGAGCUUUUUCACCACCGGUGCUGAUGAGGUAAGGCAGUGGACGAUUAGGAAAGGCACCAAGGCACCGCAGGCCGCAGGCGUGAUCCACACGGAUUUCGAGAAGACGUUUAUUCAGUGUAUCGUGUAUAAUUAUGAGACUUUGAGAGAAUAUGGUGACGAAAAUGCGGUGAAGGCAGCAGGCAAAGUCAUGACGAAGGGUAAAGACUAUGUUGUGGAGGAUGGCGACAUCAUUCUUAUCAAGGCCGGUGCCGCAAAGGCAUGAGAGGACUGCAGACGCCGAUUUUCACGCUUACUCCGCGAUUAUGCACUGUUAGAUCUGAGCCAGAGUCAACUCAGCGUCGCAGCCUCAGAUCUACAGGCUCGUGCAGUUUUCGUCUCUCUUCCAACGAGCGUCUCCCUCCGAUGACAGAUCUCCGUGCAAGGGAGAAACGCAUCAUCCCAGAGUCAACUUUGGCGUCCUUUCAAGCGUUUCUAGAUAUCUUACGAAUGCCCCCAUUCCCUGAUCUCGAGAGAAGACGGCGAGAGUUACUUGCUCAAGCCAGAGGCUGCAUAAUGAUGCCCUUUCAUCUGACAAGCACUGAUCGAAUGAUUGAAAAGUAGUUUUCAGAAUUUGUAAUCCCCGGUUCGUUUGAUGCCUC